CUCAAGAGAACACACCUCCUCCUCCGAAGAGUCCUCUGAAGCAGAAGACUCAUCCGAAGAAGAAGAAGACUUCUCUGAAGGAGGAGGAGGAGGAGAUACCUAAGAAGAAGAAGAAGAAGAAGAAGAAGAAGAAGAAGAAGAAGACUCUUCCGAAGGAGGAGGAGGAGGUGCCGAAGAAGAAGAAGAAGAUGAUGAUAACCCUCUCAGCAAUGUUUGUUACCUCCACAAACGUGAAUAUCUUAAGCAAUUCCAUAAAAGAACAACAGAAAAUGUCUGGAGAAGACUCCUCAGAGGAAGACGACACCUCAGAAGAAGACGCCUCAGAAGGAGGAGAAGAUGAAUACCGUCUUAAUAAUGUUUGUUUCCUCCACAAUCUCGAAGAUCUUCAGCUUUGGUGUUCCUCACAAAACACUAGUAUAAUACGACAUGUCAGUUUCCCGCGUUCCCUCAAGAAAUUGACGUUAAGAAAUACUUAUCUUCGUUGGGAAGACAUGAAGACAAAGAUAGGUUCAUUGCCCGUUCUUCAAGUUCUCAAGCUGAAAAAGAAUUCCUUCAUUGGCUCUAAGUGGAAAACAUUUGAAGAGCAAUUCUUGAAUCUCAAGUUGUUGUUGAUUGAGGAUUGUGAUGUAGAGCGGUGGAUCACACACGACGCCCACUUUCCACGCCUUGAGCACCUUCAUCUUCGGUAUGCAGAGAGGCUGAGGGAGAUUCCUUUGUGCAUGGGAGACAUCUCCACACUUCAGACAAUUAUGUUGGAAGAUUGUAGUAAUGCAGUAAUGGAUUCAGCUCAAAAAAUUAAGGACGAACAACAAGAAUGCGGAAAUGAAGACCUUCAAAUCUCUGUUGCCUGAAGAAUUUGUCAGUUCAUUGUAGGAGUUUUUCUCAUAUUCAAGAAGAAACAACCGAACACUUAAUAUCAGACCUACUACGAGCAAAGUUCUGAGACAAGACAACUAAUGAAAUAGUUUUUGGAGCAGUACUCGAGCAUAAUAAAAGGAGAGAAACCGCGGUGAUCAAGCCCCUAGACCAUGGUAUUGCUCACUCGAUUGUCAAAACAUUCAGUCUCAACCCAUGCAUAUAGAUCUAAUUUUUCAUACUUUACUCUUUGUUUAUCUCUUACUAAACUCAAUAAAUAUCAUUUUCGUAA